CAUACAAAUGCAUUUAGGAGCCCAACGGACAAGGAGUGGACACAUUUCUCCAACAGCAAAAACGAGAACCCUCCUCCUGCUCUUCUCAAUAUGCACAGCCUUACUGUUUGCACAAGAACACUCUCAAGCACAAGGUGUAGAUCUUCUUCAGCAGCUGGGCCUUACAGGCAGCAAAGAGAGCCACUCCUCCAGGGAGACUGCUCUCCCAUCGUCCUCUCCUUCGCCGCCCCCUCAGGGUGUCCUUCUCUCGGGAGCUGGAGUUAUCCUCCAGAGGGAUGCAUACAUCGAAGCUCCCACCUCUGGUCUCCUCCCUGCUGAGAUCGGAGAGGAGUUCUCCAUUGUUGUGAGCCUAAGCUCCUGGCGAGCUAACAAUGCUUUUCUUUUCAGCAUUAAGAACAGCAGAAAUAAACUGCAGUUUGGCAUUCAGCUCUUGCCAAAGAAGGUGGUGGUUUACAUCGCCGAGAAGACAUCCGUCUACUUUAAGUACAAUGUGCACAACGGGCAGUGGCACUCUUUUGCCAUUGGUGUCCGGCCACGGUCCGUGUCCUUCCACGCGGACUGUGGAGGCGUGCAUUACAGCGAAGAGACGCUGUCCAGGCCUCAGAAGCUGGGUUCUGAUGGCCUGCUCACCUUAGGAAGGAUGAACUUGAAAGCUGUCCAGUUUGAAGGUGCAAUAUGCCAGCUGGACAUCUACCCUUCUGCCCAGGCAGCCACGCAUUAUUGCGACUAUGUUAAAAAGCAGUGUCGUCUGGCUGACACGUAUCGAUCUCGACUAACUGCAUCAGAUGGCCCUCUAGCCUCGGGCCUCCCUUCUCUGGAUCCCCAGAUCAGGCCCACAAUGCCAUCAGGCUCCUGGGAGCAGAGGAAUGCUACCCAAAUUCGAGAUGCCCCUGUCUACACCCUUGAGAGCUACGUGAGGCAUCACCAGCAUUUAAAAUCCACAACGACCCUGAUGCCUGACCUGAGAACUGGUGCUGAGGUGUCCACGUUGUCACAGCACCUCGGCACAGUGGCAGGGGGCUCCUCCACGGCAUUGGGCGGCAUGCAGACCACCUUGGGGAUCUCGCCCAGGAGUACAACCGGUUCCAAGCAUUCUGAAGAGUCUGAGGGGAGUCCAUCUGAGAAUGACACAGAGGGCCAGCGACCCCUCGGGAAUCCCAGGGCCACUGAGGCCACCCCUGGGCUGAUCUCGCCUGUCAGGCAGAGCCAAAUCAAGGAAGGCCUGCGAAACAGCAGCAGGCCUCGGCAGCCUACUGACGAGCUGAUGGAAAUGCAGCUGAAAGUCAACACCACACUAUACCGAGAAAACAACAAGAACCAAUACCGAGUGGACAAUUCUGAGGAACACAGUUACGAAAAAGCCUAUGAUAUGGGAAAUUAUGACUAUGGCUACGAAGACGCAGACUACCCCUUCUAUUAUGACAGCCUUCCAGGCCCAAAAGGAGAACCAGGCCCUCCGGGUCCUCCAGGUCCCCCUGGCUUGCCUGGUCCUUUUGGAAAAAGAGGACCUCGAGGUCCACCUGGUCUGCAUGGUAAUCCUGGCCUUCCUGGUCUACCUGGGCCCAAGGGUUCCAAGGGUGAUCCAGGACUAUCUCCAGGUCAGGCCCCAUCUGGAGCGAAGGGUGAUCCAGGUCCUCCUGGUCCACCAGGCCCAAAAGGAUUCCCAGGUUCACCGGGUCCCAAGGGGUAUCCUGGACCACCAGGUCUUCCAGGAGAACAGGGUGGGCCAGGACUCCCGGGUGUGGCUGGGGCAGCAGGUUACCCUGGCAGGCAGGGUUUGGCUGGACCAGAAGGUAACCCAGGUCCUAAAGGUGUACGAGGCUUCAUUGGACCUCCUGGUGUGGCAGGACCACCUGGACUGGAGGGGGAAAGAGGUAUUCCUGGCCCCACUGGGAAGAAAGGCCCUAAAGGAAGACAGGGUAUAGUGGGUGAUGUUGGUGAAAGGGGACCUCCUGGGCCAGAUGGCGACCAAGGGCCUGUUGGUGGGACUGGAAGUGGAGGCUUUCCAGGAUUCAGGGGUGAUCCAGGGCCUGAGGGCCCUCGUGGACUACCGGGCAUAGUGGGACCUCAGGGCCUGACAGGAGGUGCAGGGCAGCCUGGAUUGAAAGGUGAUAAGGGUGACCCUGGAUUAAUGGGCGAGCCAGGAGAGUACGGUUUCCAAGGUGACAAGGGAACGGCUGGCUUGCCAGGACCGCCGGGAAUACGAGGAAAACCAGGACCACCUGGGAAAGUGGGUGAGGUGGGACCACAGGGGCCUCCUGGCCCACCAGGCCCAGAGGGUUUCCCCGGAGAUAUUGGUGCUCCAGGUCCCAAUGGCCCGCCAGGUCCGAAGGGUAUUCAAGGUGCCAGAGGGCCACAGGGGCCUCCAGGUCCAAAAGGAAUAGAGGGUGAUGAAGGUCCACUCGGCCCACCUGGCAGUCCCGGGCCCACCGGAAGGGCAGGAAGAAAAGGUUACAUCGGGGAGCCUGGACCAGAAGGACUGAAGGGGGAAACAGGGGAUCCAGGAAACGCAGGAAAAAGUGGACCACAAGGGCCGGUGGGCCUAAUUGGACCUGCUGGAGGGAUUGGAGUUCCCGGUGAAAAGGGAGACCGCGGUCCAGCAGGUCCUUUAGGUCCUCCUGGAGAGAAGGGGGCCAGGGGGUAUCCAGGUUUACCAGGAAGUCCUGGUGAUGUUGGCCCACCAGGUUUACCAGGGUUGCCAGGGCCAAGAGGGGCAGCAGGACUCCCAGGACCCAAGGGCAGAAGAGGGCCCAGAGGUUCAGAUGGUCUUCCUGGAGAGCCUGGGCGUCAAGGCACUAAAGGAGAACGAGGUACGAUUGGGCGGAAAGGAGAACCCGGAUUUAUUUUAUGGGUAAACCAGGGAUUCCUGGCAACACUGGAGAGAAAGGACCCCAUGGGCCACCAGGACCACCAGGACCUGAAGGAGAGCCUGGCCCUGUGGGAGAACCUGGGCCCAAGGGUCCUCCAGGUCCUGUUGGUGAAGAGGGUGUUCAAGGAAAGGAUGGACACAAGGGGGAACCAGGGGACCGCGGGCCUAUGGGAGAAACUGGGGACAAAGGUGAAGUUGGAGACCCUGGUCCUCCUGGCAUUCCUGGUGAGCCUGGAAAACGUGGUUUCCAGGGUCCAGAAGGAAAACAAGGCCUCCCUGGGAACCGAGGGCGACAUGGGAAGAAGAAGCAAUUUUUGGGACUUGCAGGGUGAGAGAGGACCACCAGGGCAUGUUGGUGAGACGGGGUCACGUGGGGAGAACGGACAGCCUGGUGAAAAAGGACCAAAAGGUGCAAGAGGAACCAGAGGCCCUCCAGGUCGGCAGGGAGUGAUGGGUCCAGAAGGGGAACCUGGAAUGACAGGUUACACAGGUCACCCAGGCAAGCCAGGACCCGUGGGACCACCUGGUCCAAAGGGUGAAAAGGGCUACCCAGGAGAAGAUAACAAAACCCCAGGACCACCCGGGCCCUUAGGUGAACCAGGUCCUGCUGGCGAGCGCGGGGAGAGAGGAGAGCCAGGGGAUGAGGGGUAUCAGGGUCACAUUGGUAUCAUUGGACCUCGAGGUGCUCUCGGACAGCAAGGACUACCUGGAACGCCGGGGGACUCUGGAGAACCGGGACCCAAAGGAGAAAAGGGAAAUCAGGGGCUAACAGGAAAGAAAGGAGCCAAGGGGCCACCAGGCAAACCUGGGGAGGAAGGGAACCCAGGCCUACCUGGACCGAAAGGUGUUGAGGGGUACCCUGGGGCUGAUGGUCCCCCAGGACCUCCUGGAUUACCAGGAUUCCCUGGAAAGCCUGGACGUGUGGGUCAGCGAGGAUCUGUAGGCCUGGAAGGGCGGGCUGGACUUCCUGGUCCCCGGGGGAAACUGGGGCUUCCUGGCAUGAUUGGAGACAAGGGGCCACCUGGACAAAAGGGGGACCCUGGCCUGCCAGGGGAGAAGGGACCAACUGGAAGCAGAGGACUAGCAGGGACACAGGGAGACCAGGGCAGGAAAGGAGACCCAGGGAGUAAGGGACAACCAGGUGAACUAGGAGAUCCAGGUAUGCUUGGCUUUCAAGGAUUUCCAGGCCCAAAGGGUCCAAAUGGAGAUUUGGGCUUAACCGGCAUACCUGGUCCUAAAGGUCCUAUUGGCUCUGUGGGAUUCACUGGUCCUGUUGGUCCGAUUGGGAUGAUUGGUCCAAUGGGAAAACCUGGGCCCAGAGGUCCAAAAGGAAGCCGAGGGGAAAUGGGACCUCAAGGCCCCCAAGGGAGUCCAGGGCCUCGAGGUCCUCCGGGUGCACCAGGUCCCAUGAAGCAAAUGGACAUUAAUGCAGCUAUUCAGGCCCUGAUUGAGUCCAACGUUGCACUGCAGGCGGAGAGCUACCAGAACACAGAGAUGGCCCUGCCAGACCAGAACGCAGAGAUCUUUAAAACUUUGCGCUAUCUCAGCAACGUGAUUGAGAGCAUUAAAAAACCUCUGGGCACCCGAGACAACCCCGCCCGAUUCUGCAGAGACCUGCUGGACUGCCAGCAUAAGCUGUCAGACGGACAGUUCUGGAUAGAUCCCAACCUUGGAUGUCCGUCUGAUGCCAUAGAGGUCUUCUGCAACUUUACUGGCGGUGGCCAAACAUGCAUCUACCCAGUGGCUACCAACAAGAUGGAGUUUGGCAUUGGAAAAGUCCAGAUGAAAUUUCUUCACUUGCUGAGCACGGAGGCCACACAUACCAUUACAGUCCACUGUCUAAACGCCCCGGUGUUGAAUACCACGGAUGCAGGACGCCAUAAGAAAUCCAUUCUCUUCAAGGGAUGGAAUGGACAGAUGUUUGAGGCGGACACAUUACUUGAACCACAUGUGCUACUAGAUGAGUGCAAGAUUCAAGAUGGCAGCUGGCACCAGUCACGCUUCUUCUUUCAAACUCAGGACAGCCACCAGCUCCCCAUCGUGGACAUUCAGGAGCUGCCUGGCCUCCAGCAGGGCCAGAAGCAGCGCCUCGAAGUGGGGCCUGUCUGCUUUGUGUGAAGACGGCCCUGCACCCAACGGCUUUUAAAA